UCUCAAGGGUCAGUUCCCAGGCGAAGGUUAUCACUCAAUUGGAAUGAAAAACCUCGCGAAGAGGAGACGAUCAUUCUUGUACGACGGAUACCCGUCGCUGCCGUCAGUCAGGCCAGAGCCAUUUGCCGAUUCACUCGGUCCUCAACAGGACAAUUAGUUCCGGAGUUCCAUAACUGAUAAUUUAAAUAACUCAUCACCGAGCGGUCUUCAAUUAAAUAAUGAGAUUAAUCACAUAAUUAUAACUGAAGCAUGAACAGUCCCUGAAUUAAAAAAAAAAUCGAUCGUUCGCGGGAUUAAAAAACGAAUCGUCUCUUCAGGAACAGUUCAGAGAUUAAAAAAAAUAUAUCGCGCAGUUAUAAACAAAUUCCCGAGAUUUAUUGAGCGAUAAAGUGGUGCGUAAGGAUGACGCAAGUCCAUGGAGACCCGGAGACCUGUGCGUCACUGGCCCAGGGGACAUGUCGCAGUCAAAAGUGUCUAAUUGCUUCGCUGAUAUCGAUCGCGAUCUCCAGCCUAAUUAUCUUCAUAAUCUUCACCUGGACAACCUUCUUCCCCGACGCGAUAAUAUCGAACCUGGUGGUCACCGAGGACUCCCCCAUGCUGGAGUGGUGGGUGCGUCCGCCCAUCCGAGCGGUCUACAAAAUUCGCGUUUUUAAUUACACGAACGUCGAGGAGUUCACGCGGGGAGAGGAUGUGAAGCUGAAAGUCCAGGAGGUCGGCCCUUACAUCUACAGGGAGACCCUGACGCGGGUGAAUACGGUGUUCUAUCCGAAUGGUACCCUCUCCUUCCAGGAGAAACGAUCCUUCCAGUGGGAGGGGGGUAGUCCGGACGACGAUGUCGUCGUUGUACCGAAUAUUCCACUACUGACGACGAUGGCCUUCGCCAGGGACAUGUCUAUUGUGACGCAGCUGGGGCUGACUGUUGCUAUCAGCACCUUCGUACCGAAGAUAUUUGUGCCACUUCCGGUUGGGGGGUUCCUCUGGGGGUACGAUGAUAAGCUCUUCAACGCCGCGAAACCCCUCCUCAGCUUCCUCGGGGAGGUGCCCAUGGAGAAGUUCGGAGUGCUGGCGAUGAAAAAGGGAGUAUCGAAAGACGUAUUGACAAUGCACACCGGUGAGGGGGAUCUAUCGAAGAUGGGGAUGAUCGAGCGUGUGAACGGCAGGGAGAUCCGCAAUAUGUGGGGGGACGACGACUGCGACAAAGUCCACGGCUCCGCGGGUUUUCUCUAUCCACCUGAAAUGUACCGAAACCAGUCGAGGUCUUUAGACAUUUACGCAGCUGACAUGUGUCGUACUUUCAAGCUCGACAGAGCGGGGGAAGCAUCGUCAUAUGGAAUCCCAACGAUCAGCUUCAAACCUCCGUUGGACGGCUUCAACUUCUCCCCUGAGAAGGGCCACUGCUUCUGCCCCCGGAAGUCGAAGUACAGAGUGAAUGCAUCCGAUCGAACGUGCCCCCCGAAGGGAAUCUUCAACAUCUCGGCGUGUGCCCUGGACACCCCGAUGGUGGUCUCCUUUCCCCACUUCCUCGGAGGGGAGUCCAGUCUGUUCGCCAACAUCGAGGGGCUGAACCCUGUCGCUGACCUCCACCAGUCCCACCUGGAGCUCCACCCGAGACUGGGACUUCUGAUUGGCGGUCACUCGAGAAUCCAGAUAAACGUGGAAGCGCGAAAAGCGACUGGAGUCCCCUUCCUCGAGAACAUAAAGCACGGGCAAAUCCUGCCGAUCCUGUGGAUUGAAAUCGGCAUCGACUCGAUGCCGGAGACCAUCCUGAGCCUUCUAACUCACGCAUACUUCACCGUGGGCCUCGUGGAGGCCUUCUUCCAGUGGGGAAGCCUCCUCGGCGUCCUGUUCUCCACGUCAGGGCUGUUGUUCCUCCUUCAGAGAAAUCAGAAGCGCCACGCGGUUCUCAAACGGAACAGAUCGGGCCAGGACAAGCUCCUCCAAGAGAGUGGAUGAAGGCCGACGAGCUUUCGGGUAGUGAAAAAUUAUCAGAAACAAUUCGGAAAGAGAUGAAACGAUUCUCUAGAGGAAGAGUCUUCUACCAGUCGGGGGACACGAGACGUCUUCUCCGUUUGAAUCUCCCGGUGACGAUAGGUCGUUCGUUUUUUUUGUCUGAUGACGUAGGGGAGUUGUGAUAAGACUGUUAAGUUAAGAACUGCUGUCUCAGUAAUUUAUUUAAUGUCCCUCAGGUCUAGUGCAGUAGUGAGUGGUAAAGUGAUGAGUCGAGUUAUCUCGCAGUCGAGUUUUCGAACGAUAACUCCGAAUCUGAAGGAGAUAACGCAAUUUUCGAUCAGACAUCAAUUGUAGAGCUUGAAUUGUGCCGUAAAAAGUGUCGUAAGAAAAAUUUUGAUAUCUCUGUUAGAUUCCUAGAUAUUAAUGAAAAAUUGGUCGAGAGUCAGACGAGUCGAAAUAUGGAAGACUAGAUCAGCCGAUUAUUCCACCGUUAAAUUGUCAAGAAUUAUUCAACAAUUUCGAUCAAUUGCGUAAUUCCAUAACACGAGAGAUCGCCAGACACUCUCUUAGUAUUCUCGUGCGAUAAAUAAAUUAGCUAGGUUACAAACGAGGAUUAAUUGAAUUGUAAAUGGACAACUAGUUGAUAAUUACAUUAAUGUAUCUGUAUAAAAUUCUGAUGAGAUUAAAUCCUGAACUUGUGCAA